AUGGACAGAGACAAAGUGUUUGAUGUUAUACUAGGAGGACUUGUAGUACUUCAUGUGUUCAUAUGUCCGUUUACAAAGGUAGAGGAGAGUUUUAACUUGCAGGCAACUCACGACAUAUUGGAGUAUGUCCCAAGGACGUUUAUCGGCCCUCUACUCCUCGGAGGAGCUGCAUAUCCAAUAGUGGAACUGUCGAAAUGGCUUAACCCUAGACUACAGAAAUUAUGGAUACAAUACCUUGUUAGAAUUAUACUCGGGUUGUCGACUGUAUUUGCAACGUCGAAACUCAGAGGAGCGAUUAAGAGAUCUUUUGGUCGACCCAUCUCGAUAGGCUUUAUGUUGCUCUCGAUGUGUCAAUUUCAUACCAUCUUUUGGAUAAGCAGAACGCUACCUAACAUGUUUGCCUUUCCACUAACAAUACUUGCAUUGUCUCAUUGGGUUUUAUCGACGACAUCAGCAAACCCAUCCAAACACAUACGAUGGCUGAUAACAUAUGCAACUAUUGCCAGCGUGAUCUUUCGCUUUGAAGUUGUACUGGCGCUUGGCCCGAUCCUUUUGUAUACCUCGAGGAUACACAAGAUUGGAUUUACGGAAGUCGUCGUCGGAGCGAGUGUUGGACUAGCGAGUUUGGUAACGUCAUUAGUAAUCGAUUCAUACUUUUGGCAAACAUCAUGGAUGUGGCCGGAGGGUUCGGUAUUCUACUUCAAUGCCAUACUCGGAAAAAGUGUUGAAUGGGGCGUUUCCCCAUUCCAUACUUACUUUACUGUGUUCAUUCCAAAACUAUUGGUGGCGUCUCUUCCUUUGAGUAUAUUUUCUCUCAUUGUGGAUGAACGUACACGCUUGUAUAUAUCACCGAUCAUGGUAUUUGUAGCGGGAUUCUCGUUACUUGGACAUAAGGAGUGGCGUUUUGUUGUAUAUGUGGUACCAGUAUUCAAUCUAUGUGCUGCGGUUGGGUGGGUUCGGAUCGAACAGAAAGCAUCAAAACUAUUGUAUAGAAUCGUCAGAUACAUCAUAAUUGUUGCAUUGAUCCUGAGCUUCAUAUCGAGUACGGGAAUCCUCAUAAUUUCAAGUUACAACUAUCCUGGUGGUGCGGCACUCUUUAAAUUACACAAUAUCGAGAAAAACUAUACUCAAGAAACUGAUCUGUAUCUCCCACGAUCAGCUCGAGUGCAUCUAGACGUAUAUACUGCAAUGACAGGAGCAUCACGAUUUGGAGAAUCAAGAAAGGACUGGAUUUAUUCAAAGGAGGAAUCCCACUUUACUGCGGAAGAUUAUUCCAACUAUACUCACAUACUCACGCAUACUCCGUUAUUCCACGAAGAUCGUUUUGUAGUUGUAGAUGUUGUUUACGGAUACGAGAAAGUGAAAAGAAAGAGUGUGAAGGAAGUGAUUGAAACAUUGGGGGAUAUUACUACGAGAAAAGCAGAUGGGGAAAGAAUCAAGAUGGAUUAUGAUGGUCUUAAAGUGUUUGCCACGGGAUUAAUCGAUACUAUCUUUAGACUAUUUCCAAUCGAGAUCGUAAUCGAGCCAAAAGUAUGGAUUAUGAAGUCAAAGACCGCCUAA